UUCUCCACUUUCUCUCUAUAUAUACCCACCACCUCACACUUCUUCCUCUCAGGCAAUCAUCAACUCCAUACCCUACGACAACGUUUCAGAGAUGGAAAAUGAUCAAAAGAGCUCACCGGCAACAACAAAGAAGGAGAAGGCAGCGUGGUCGUUAAAGAAGGUGAUCAGCAAAGAGUUAUGGCCAAGGAAAUUCUCUGUGUUCAAAUGGAAGCGCGUGAACUUUCAGAUCACCAUCCUCGACGACGUCGUCUUCAAGAUACUAUCCGUCGUGGAGGCCGUCGUUCUGGUCUCGACGCUCUGCUUCUUCUACCUUUGCUGCGGUUGCCACAUCUGACCUACUAUACUAUUGAUUAUAUUCCAUAAUUCAUUAUUCUGAUUAGUUAAUUAAUUUCUUAAUUUGUAUCUCCUUACUCCUUUCUUUCACUUUUUAUUUUUUUAUAUUUUUUUUUACACCUUUUGGGAUAUAAUGGGGGUAUUAAUUUGAUGUUUUUUUGUUGCUUUUUUUUUUUUGGCCAAAAAUUGGGCAUAAAAGCAUGUAACUGGCUAGGGUUUCUGGUUCCUUGAGAAUUCAUUUGUGUAACAGUUGCUUUUUUAAUUUUGAAAAUAAACUCUGUUAUGGUUUAA